AUAGAACUUCCGGUCUGCACUUUCAAAAUAACAUUUCGCGUUCCAGUUAAAUAUUUGUAAGAAGGGCGGGGUGCUAAGGUUGGAUGCUCUCCUCUCAAAAUUUUUAUAGCUACAGAGAAUCAAGGAUUAUCUCCCCCAAUAACAGAUAUGUUAUUGGGGGAUUGUAAAUUCCGCGAGUUUCCUCUUGUGACCACAGGUUGAAAGGUGUCCGGUAGCAGAGGAGAGUAUUAUUAUGAAGGCUCUGACAGGAAGAUUGGUCCCGGUUUUGUACGCUAACAUCCAGAGUACCCUGUGUACUAACGGCUACCUGCCAUUGGUGGUCUACCCUCUCCGGCUUCUGCUACAGGAGUGCGUGUGUGUGUAUGUGUUCAUAAUUCUGUUCAGCUUGUCGUCUGUCCACAUCUGGUUGCCUUUGGAUAAGGACGGUGAGACGUCCAGCUUUGACUGUAUGAAUUAAUGUGCCUGAGAGUCUGAUACACAUCUGUUCGAUGGCUACCUCAGGCUCCACCGCUUCUGCCUCAAUCCCAGCCACUGUGCCUGAGGGUUUCCAUUAUGAAACCAAAUAUAUUUUGCUUAACUACCUAGGAAUGGUGCCUGCAGGUAGAUCAGACCAACCAGCUGCAGCUCACGAAGAUACAGAGGCUGAGAAAACAAGCUACAGAGUGAUAAAGGAGCAAAUAGAGGAAGGGCUGAGAGAACUGGAUGGCGAAAUUGCUGCCUCGUUUUCGAGGACGGGAUUCGACCGACACAAAUCACUGGUGUUCGCUCCAGCCAACCCGGAGAACUCCAUUGAAGACUGCCUGGCUGCAGUGGGAGACAGGGUGGCCCAAGAGCUCGACACACACCUGUCAGCAGCCGUACACACACUCCUCACAGGACCUCUGGACUAUCAGAGAUUCAGAUGCACAACACUGGAGCUCUCAGCACACACAUCGGGAGGCUGGAGCAGGGUGCUUGUUCCGUUAGUGCUGCUUCAGGCUUUACAAAGUGAAGGCCAGUCUGUGAGGCCUCUGUUGGACCUGGGGCUUCGCUUCCUAGAGGAGAAUGAGGCAGACUACAUCACUCAGCUUGGGGGAUGGGGUGAAGUAUUCAGCCUCGUGUCGGAGGAAGAGCGAGGUGUGACUAUUGCCGAAGACAGCAACGACAUUUACAUCCUCUCAGGAGACCAGGAUCACGACCAGAUCAGCCCUCCCUCGUCACUGCUGUGCACUGGAGACAACAGCAGCGAGCAGAGCUCCUGGCAGACAGAAAGCUUGCCUGUGUCUCUGGCUGGCCACGAGUCGUGGGCACAGGUUGGUGCAAUGGACCCUGAAGACAUCAAGAGCCUGGACAGCAACGAGGGUGUUGCUCUGGUCGAGGAGCGUAGUGAAAACAACUCCUCAAACUCGGACAUCGUUCACGUGGAGCGCGAGGAGGCCGAGCUGUUGGAGGAAGGCAGCGAAGGCGGAGUGAUAGAAGAAAGCAUGAUGAGUGUUUUAGGCACUGAUAGUGAGCUAGCUGAGCUCAGGGAGGAAUUUGGAGUCCAGACCGCACCUGCACCAGUGACAGCUGAAGCAGACCCCACACCUCCAGCUUCCCUGAUUUCAUUAGAAGAGCCAGUUGUGAUAGAGACACCUGCAAGCUUGUCUGCAGAACCUUCAUUCAUUUCCUCAAAACCAGAGCUGCUUCCCCCUGCCUCUGAACCUGCUGAAGCCCUUCCCACUGAAGCUGAACCUGCAGUACCUUUGUCUGUUCCUGCAGUAGAACCAGAGCCUGAGUCAGAACCAGCUGCUGUCACUGCCCCAGUGACUGAUGCAGUGCCUGCUGAAAUGGCAGCCCCAUCUCCAGCCAUGGAAAUCCCGACAACACCAGCAGAUCCUGACCACAGAUUAGAACUAGCGUCUGAACCAGAGGUGAACCCAGAGUCCAUCACUGUGUUUCACCAGCCAAAGGAAUCGCAGCCAGAACCAGAGACUGUGGCAGAGCUAGAUGAUACGGUCGCUGCACCUCCAGUCCCAGAGGCUGUGGAGGCCCCUUUCAAAGCACCAGCUGAGGAGGCCCCAGCGCAGCCGGAGCCAGAAUCAGAGCUCCCAGCGUUGCUUUAUGGAGGGGCUGCUCUGGCAGUCCUUGCAGCUGUUAUAGCCUUCGUUCUUAUACGCUUCCAGAGGAAAUAGCGUGCAAAAGUGUUAUCCUCAGCGGCGGAGAGUAUAGAAUGCUAUGGUAGAAUAAACAUAUUUGCAUACACACAGUGAGACUCCUUAAAAGUAGUUUUUAAAAAAUCUUCUGGGUAUAAAAUGUGUGAAAGUGUCCCCCAGCAAACCAGAAUGUCUGGUCAUCCACAACCUUAGUGCUGGGAGUCCCUCGCUGCUUCUUUCAACCAGGUGCAAACACAGAAAUGUGAAAACGGUGCACUCCACUCUACUUCUUAUUUUCUCUGUUUUUCUUUUCGGAGUCAGUUGCAAUUUUGUUUCCAAUUUCUUUUUGACUCCAAUCUUUUGUAUUUAUUACUGAGUACAAAAGCAUGUGUGAACUUUCAUCCCUCUUCUGUUAGAUUCAGCUUCUGUUGUAUCUGUGGGUUUGCUAUUUGCAUUGUUUCUUUCAUUGGAGCCAGCGACGCUGGAUUGAAAAUUGACAGUGCUCUCACAGGAAACAUAAACCUCAAGUAUAAGUUGUGAUGUUGUGCGACAUAUGGUUUCCUUGCUCUUCCGCCUCCUACACAACCAAGGGUUAUUUAUUUUUCUCCCUGUUAGUAAAUCUGAUACUUUCUAUAGAAAUGAAUGGUAUUUUUGAUAUUUUCGAUUGAAACCAAAAAUGAAUCUAACGUGUCCAUAUUGCACAAUAAAUUUGUGCCAUUAGUAUAUAAAUUUACUACUAUAUUUGGUUGCAUUAGCCAAACCAGAACCACCGAUUACUUUUAGUGUAAAGUGAGCUAUAAUUACUCCAGAAAAGUAGGGCAUGAAUGCAGCACAUUGAUUCAGUCUAGUUUAUUUAUUUGACAUUUUAUUUUAGGGUUGAAUUUGUCUGCCCCAGCAACGAGAUAUUAAUUCCCUCCCCAAGUAGAAACCAAAGCAGUAGCAUGCUGUGAGUUAUUGAAAAUCAGGUUGCCAAAAGACAAUCAAAACCACUUGGAACCAUUUCAAAUUUGGUUUUUAGGAAAGUCUUCAGAACACUAUCCUCUGAAACAAACACAAAACUCAAUCUCUUACAUAGCUGUAAUUUUGGAUUUUGUGUUCACACUACAUUAAAGAAAUCACUGAACAUUCUAGUAAACCAGCAGAGCACAAGAAACCAAAACAAUAUACUGAACAGGAAGUGGAAACAAAUAAUAUGGAAUCUCCCUUUGAUUCCCUCAGAGGAAGACAGCUGGGAAA